AUGGCCCAAGAUUCGUCAGAAUGCUGUAUUCAGGUUUUUUGCCGUGUUCGGCCGUUCAAUGAAAGUGAAAAGUCAAAUGGAUCGGUUUUUGUACCCAAAUUCCCUACCAAAGAAUCGAUAAAUGUCGGAGUAAGUGUUUUUUUAGGUUUUCAUUAGUUCUUUAGGGUAAAACGUACACUUUUGACCGUGUGUUCGACCCCAACUGUGAUCAAGAGACCGUCUACAAAGGGUCUGCUCAUCAUAUUGUUCAAGAUGUGCUUAGUGGGUAUAAUGGUACCAUCUUCGCUUAUGGCCAAACUUCUUCGGGAAAAACUCACACAAUGGAGGGUAAAAUGAGUAGUGAAGAAAACGAUGUCAAUCAUGGUAUUAUUCCUCGCAUAAUCAACGACAUCUUCACUCACAUCUACAACAUGGAAGAUGAGGCUUUGGAGUUUCACAUCAAGGUCUCGUACUUUGAGAUUUACAAUGAAAAGAUUCGUGAUUUACUGAACAUUCAACAGACGAACCUUACCAUCCACGAGGGAAAAGAUCGUGUUCCUUAUGUUAAAGGUGUUACCGAGACUUUUGUUAGCAAUUUUUAUGAAGUUUUGCAAAUUAUAAAGGAAGGUCAGAACAAUCGUCAGAAAGCUGUAACUAGUGAGUUUUUUACAUAAAUUUUAUUUGAUUUUGAUGUUGACGAAUAUUUUGCAUAUUAUUUUAGACAUGAACGAACACAGUUCGCGAUCUCACAGUGUUUUCUUGAUUCAAGUGGAUCAGGAAAAUCAAAAACUGCAAAAAAAGCUUUCUGGUAAACUUUAUCUGGUCGAUUUGGCUGGUAGUGAAAAGGUCAGUAAGACGGGUGCAGAAGGGUCAGUUCUUGAAGAAGCCAAGAACAUUAACAAGUCAUUGUCGGCGUUGGGUAACGUUAUUUCGGCAUUGGCCGACGGAACUGUAAGUUAACUUUUUACAUUUUAUUUUAAAUGUAAAUUAUGCUUUAUUUUAAUAUUUUUAAAUUUUAUUACUAUUUACAGAAAGGACACAUUCCUUACCGUGACAGUAAACUCACGCGUAUUCUGCAAGAAUCUCUUGGAGGUAACUCGAGAACGACCAUUGUGAUAUGUUGUUCACCUGCAUCAUUUAAUGAAGCUGAGACUAAGUCAACGUUGAUGUUUGGUCAAAGGUAAUAUCAGAUAUAUAAAGACAAUGUUUAUGUUUAAUUUUGAUUAUUGCAAUUAUAAUUUUUAGAGCCAAGACCAUUAAGAACGUGGUUGUUGUGAAUCAAGAACUGACGGCAGCUGAAUGGAAACGGCGUUACGAACAAGAGAAGGAGAAGGUCACUCAAUUGAGGAAUCAGUUGAGGAACUUGCUUAAUGUCGAAGCCGAACUGAAGAGGUGGCGUGCUGGAGAGAAGGUACCAGAAUCAGAAUGGUUCAGUGUGGAUGACUUAGAGUCGGCUGCUCAGGUUGCGAUGACACCGUCUAUGAGCGAGAGCAUGAUGUUACCCACGGCGAAGGUGGCGACUGCUUUGGACCACGAACAACUCCCGACUGGUCCAAUGACAGACGAUGAGCGUCGCAAGUACGAAGAACAGCGACAACAGUUGUAUCAACAAGUUGAUGAAAGAGACGAGGAGAUCAUGCAGGCAACACGAUUGGCUGAACAGCUCAAACAACAGAUUACUGAUCAAGAAGAAGCCAUCAACCAACGGAAGGCUGAGUACGAGAAGGCUGUUCAAGAGUUGGCACAAGCUCAAGUUGAGAAUGCCAAGGCUCAUGACGAAGCUGAAGAAUUGUUCUCGGCUUUGCAAGAACUGGCUUUGAACUUGGAGCAGAAGAAGAAUGAAGUCAUCGAGCUACGCAAAGAAAACGAAACCCUGCAGGUAAGCGUUUUCAUUGGCAACUAUAACAUUAUUAAAAUUUUUGUUUGCUAGGAGGGUGGUUUUAAACAUAUUCGUUGCAGGAUGAUCUUUCAAAGACCAAGAUGGACAUUGUCAACACAAACAGCCAGCUGGAUGACAUGAAAGAACAAUGUAUGGUACAGAAACGACGCAUUUACGAAGAUCUUCAAAAUAUGAUUAGUGAACUCAGCACAUUAGGAAACUACAGUAUGCCAGCUAAAGUAGGCUUCAAUUAUUUAUUUUUUUGUUUAGAAUUUUUUCUAAAUUUAAAUUGAUAUUGUUAUAGUUGUGUGCCGAGAUUGAAUCGGACAAACCAUUUGUCGACGAAGAAUACCUUGCACAUGCCAGAAUCUGUGUGUCGAAGGUGGCCAGUGACUUCAAAGCUCAUACACAGAAGUUGAACAACUUUGAAAGUGGGGCUUCCGAUGCCGAGAAGAAGCUGGAAGAGUCACAAAAGGAACUCAGUGCGUUGAAGGAACAGCUUCAACAAAACGAAGUGACACGGUCGUCACACGAACAGAAGAUUUCCGAUUUGAAGUCACAAGUUCAGAAGCUCGAGGAAGAGGUUACAACUUUGAAUGUGAAGUUGGCUGGAUCCAAAGGUGGAGAUUCCACCAAUGCUGUUAAAGAACUUGAAGGUCUAGUGCAGAAGAAAAACGAACAGAUCCAAGAAAUACAGGUAAUAUACUGUUUAUGUUGACGUAACUUUUGUAUUUAGGAUAAGGUGCAAGCUCUUCAAUUGGAGAAGGAUCAGCUUCAACGAGAGUUCGAGAAUUUGAAGAAUGAGGAGAUUGAGAAGGAGAAGAAGCUCAAGGAUCUGACGGCAAUCACUGACAAGCGAGAGCAAACUCGCCAAGAUCUGAAAGGACUUGAAGAGACUGUCAACAAAGAACUCAACUCUCUGCAUUCACUACGACGAAUGUUUAUCCAAGACCUAUCUCAUCGCAUGAAGAAGGCUCCAACCUCCACUGAUGGUGAAGAUGAGUUCUUGUCGAGUCCAGCACAGAAACAGAAGAUUGCUUUCCUCCAAAACAAUCUUGAUCAGCUAACUCGAGUCCACAAACAGUUGGUCAGAGACAAUGCCGAACUCAGAAGCGAGUUGCCUAAGUUAGAGAAACGCCUAAGGGCUUCGAUUGAACGGGUUAAGAACUUGGAGACAGCUUUAAGAGAAACGAAGGAGAAUGCAAUGAGAGAUAGGAAGAAGUAUCAGUACGAGGUGGAGAGAAUUAAGGAUGCCGUGAGGCAGAGAAAUAUGGCUAGAAGAGGUGUCCAAAUUGGUACGUGUACUUCUUUUAACUAUAAAUACAUUUUAGUUAUGUUAUUAGAAAAUUCGUCUGUAAACCAGUGUUAUUAAUAUGUUUCUUAACAAAUGAAUUACAGCAAAGCCAAUUCGUCCUGGCCAACACUAUGUAACGACUCCGAUCAAACCCGCUGAUGGUAAGUAACUAAAAGUAAUGUAGUAAAUGCGGUGAAUUAAUAAACUGUGAAAUUAACUAGUUUUUCUACUUUUAACUCAUGUCUGGAUUUCAGUCGAGUAA